AUGGUAAUUCAGAGGGCGCUGGCUGGGGCCUGGGGGCUUGUGUGUGCGGCGCCAGUCGGUUGCGGCGCCAGUCGGUUGCCAGUCGGGCUCUUUGACGAAACGACCAACGCCUGUGGCAUUGACGAGCUCCCAGAGUACUUUGAUCGCUUCUACGCAGCUGUCGACCUGAAAUUGGCCCCCGACGCCUGCGGGCGGUGCAUGUGGGUCAAGGGCCCCAGCGAGCGCCCCAUCAUCGUCAAGGUGGUGGACGGAUGCGUGGCGUGCGGGGCUGGCGCGGUAGACUUGUCCAGCGAGGCCUUCAAGGCGGUCGCUGGCGAGGGCACCGCUGCUGGCUCGCAGUCCGUGGGCUGGGUCUGGGCCGACUGUUCCUCCUCAGCCUCCUUCUUCGCCACCUGGCCCGGCUCCCGCAGCGGCGGCGCUGCUGCCGCCACCCCCGCCACCCGCAGCCGCCGCACCUUGCUGGACUCUCCAGAGGAGACCAUUCGCGAGGGCCAUGGCCAGGCAGGGGAGUUCACAGACUGGACCACCGACUGCCUGGGCGGGCGCCGCCGCUGUCCCAGCCUCUUCCUGGCCUCCUGGGGCUUCCAGUGCAGCAACGGCGACGGCACCAGCUGCUGCAUGAAGGCCAACGGCAAGUUCUGCACCCCGCUGCACCACUGGGACCGCGAGCCUGCCCCUGCCAGCUGGGUGGGCCGGGACCUGGCCCAGGAGAGCAGUGCCGAGCCCCAGCAGGAGGAGCAGGACGAGGAGGACGGCGAGGUGCAGGCCAACGGCUCCGGCUCCGGCUGGGCCUCUGGCUCUGCCAAGGGCUGGAACACCGCCACCGCCACCCACUACACCUCGUACCCAGAGUGCUGCCACAGCAAGAGCGCCGACCAGACAGAGUGCGAGGACUACAACGGCUGCAAGUGGGAGGGCCAGUUUGCGGGGGUGGGUUACAAGCCCAAGAGCUGGGUGAAGGAGCACAACAUUGUGGCAUUCUACCGGGCGCCAGAGUCUCGCAACCGCAAGGAGUGGGACAGCAAGUGGAAGAACAAGGCACUGCGGAUCCGCAACCCGCAGUCCGGCAAGGUGAUGGAAGCGCUGGUGGUGGACACCUGCUCCGACUCAGACUGCAACGGCUGCUGCUCCAAGAACGCCAAGCGCCACGGCGGCACACUCAUCGACCUGGAGCACUACACGGCGCAGCGCUUCUGGGGCGGCAGCGUGCCCGACCUCACUGCCAUCCAGUGGCAGGAGGUCUGA